UUCCCCACGCCAACGGAGAAGCAGAACACAAGGAGCCCGAGUCCGAGGGUGUGUGGAUGAUUUUUUUCUCACAUAUAAAAACUGAUUUUUUUUCCGGAAUCGAAACUGACGCUUAAGGGAUUUCGGAGGAAAGUAAGAAGACGGGUUUAAAAAAAGAAAAAGAAGAAGAAGAAGAACUCAGACAGGGUGCCCCUGCGCAGUACAGCAUCCUCCCUCUGCAUCUGUUUCUCAUCUCUCCUCCUUUGCCUCUGCGCUUUUUACAAGAUUCCCGAUUCUCCCACACUGCAUAUCCCCAGUGACUGAUCACUUAUUGCAAGUCGAGAGGUGCCCUUUUUCUUUCUUUUGUCGGAGUUUGAACCACGUUUCUGAGCUGCUGGGAGUAUACCACCAGAGCCCCUGAAAGCUGGCUGGACUGUAGUUUUCGUCUUCCCGAUACAGGCGGAUCAUCGAGGGGACCUUGCGCGGAGUCAAAAGGACUGGAAAUUAUUUAGCCCUCUCACAUCGACGUGCCGCAUGGUGGGAAUUUCUGCCUCUUUUCAGUAUGCGUUUGAAUACAUUUAUCUGUCUACGUGUGUGGGCUUGGGUGAUGCGGGAGUGAUGGUGGAUUUUAUAUUUCGCAUGCCAUAAACAGGACGUGUAAAAUCGCACUGGGAAGCGCUCCAUCAUGCCCGACUCACCUGCGGACGUCAAGACACAGUCCAGGUUGACCCCCCCUACCAUGCCACCCCCACCCAGUACACAAGGAGCACCCCGUAACAGCUCCUACACGCCAACUACAUUAACCAACGGCAGUAGCCACUCCCCAACGGCGCUCAACGGCGCUCCAUCUCCUCCAAAUGGUUACAGCAAUGGUCCUAGCUCAUCCUCCUCAUCGUCUCUGGCCAACCAACAGCUGCCUCCAGCCUGUGGUGCCCGACAGCUCAGCAAGCUCAAGCGCUUCCUCACUACUCUCCAGCAGUUUGGGAACGACAUCUCACCUGAAAUUGGCGAAAGAGUCCGCACAUUGGUGCUGGGAUUAGUGAAUUCCACUCUGACCAUCGAAGAAUUUCACUCCAAGCUGCAAGAAGCCACCAACUUCCCUCUGCGACCUUUUGUCAUACCCUUUCUGAAGGCCAACCUGCCGCUCCUUCAGAGGGAGCUGCUGCACUGUGCCAGGCUGGCCAAGCAGAACCCGGCUCAGUACCUGGCCCAGCAUGAGCAGCUACUCCUGGACACCAGCACCACCUCCCCAGUAGACUCCUCAGAGCUCUUGCUGGAUGUGAAUGAGAACGGCAAAAGGAGGACACCAGACAGAACCAAAGAGAACGGCUUUGAACGAGACAGCUCUCUGCAUCCGGACGUUCACCCCAGCAAACGGCCCUGCACUAUAAGUCCUGCCCAGCGUUUCAGCCCAUCCAAUGGACUCUCCUACCAACCCAAUGGUCUGCCUCACCCAGGCCCACUCCCUCCACAGCACUACAGGCUAGACGACAUGGCCAUUGCCCAUCACUACCGCGACACCUACAGACACCCAGCGUCUAAUCAUCGAGAGAUCCGGGAGAGAGCAAGGCCCAUUGGUAUGCAUGCAGGCACCAGGCAGGAGGAAGUGAUUGACCACAGGCUGACAGACAGAGAAUGGGCUGAGGAGUGGAAGCACCUUGACCAUGUAAGAAAACUGCUCAACUGCAUCAUGGACAUGGUGGAAAAAACAAGGCGCUCACUGACGGUACUGCGGCGGUGCCAGGAGGCUGACCGUGAGGAGCUCAACUACUGGAUCCGACGAUACAGCGAUGCCGAGGAGCAGAAGAAAGGCGCUGUCAGCGGGCAGUCAAGGCAGCAGAGCCCUGCAGCACAAGAAAACACAACUUCAGAAAUUCACCGGGAGCUCCUGCACCGGCCUGUCUCUGGCUACGUCCCUGAAGAGAUCUGGAAAAAAGCUGGUACGGGAGGCUUGACUUCCUCUGUCUCCACACUCUUUCCAGAAGAGGCUGUGAAUGAGGUGAAGCGGCAGGCCAUGUCAGAGCUGCAGAAAGCCGUGUCAGAGGCUGAGCGCAAGGCUCACGAAAUGAUCAGCAGCGAGCGGGCCAAGAUGGAGCGAACAGUGGCCGAAGCCAAGCGCCAGGCAGCCGAAGAGGCGCUCUCCAUAAUCAACCAGCAGGAGGAUUCCAGCGAGAGCUGCUGGAACUGCGGACGCAAGGCCAGUGAGACAUGCAGCGGCUGCAACACGGCACGCUACUGCGGCUCCUUCUGCCAGCAUAAAGACUGGGAGAAGCAUCACCAUGUGUGCGGUCAGACCCUGCAGGCUCAGCAGCAGCAGCAGGCCAGCCAGCAGCAGGGAGGGGUUCCGGGUUCAGAGACCCCCGCUCCCAUCAGCUCCUCCGCUUGCACCCCGAGCAGCGGGACCGGGAGUCCGGCUGCUACCCCCCCUGCUGCCACCCCUCGCUCAUCCACCCCUAGCACCCCGUCCUCCUCCGCCCUUGAUGGCACACCACGCUAAGAAACUCACACAGAGGUAGGAGGCAAAGGCUUCCCAGGUGUAACGGCCAGCCCACAACCCGACAACUACCGUGGCUGUCUACAUUGCCCUGCAAAGAUGCUUAGAUACUAGAAUGAGAUGGCAAUACUUCUGUCUAUCUUGCAGCGUAGUCAUAGAAGGAGGAAGUCCAUAAUCAGGUCAUAUUGACUUGCCAUGACUUUAAAGAAACACAAAGAUAUUCUUUGUUUUGAAUGAAUGAAUUUAAAAGUUGACAUUCUUUUACUGUUACACUUGCUAUUCUUGUUGACUGUUUGUCCUUGUACCUGUUGUUGUUAAAGUUGUCGUCAUUGUAGCUUAUCUUAUUUUCCCCUGUAAAUAUGAAGAGACUGAUCAGAGAUAGCCGUGAACUCAAGACAAGUAUAUCUGACCUGCCCUUUUCAAACGUUUUUAUUUUUCAUCCUGGAGUCAGUGGUUAUUUCCUUCCUGUACACGAGACUAGUCAACCUCAGACAUUUAUCAAACAGCAUAUCACGGGGAAUGUAACUGUCUCGGAGAAAACUUUGGUAUAAGAGAGAUAUUAGAUUUAAGAAUCCUGAAAGACACACAGAAGGAUGAAUAAGCAUGUUCGCUGCCUGGAGAGGGGAGAGGGGAUGGACUGAAUCUCCGGCCCACAGACCGCCACGAAACGGGCAGAUGUGCAGCAGAUUGCCAGCUGUUCAACCGAUGUUAUUUCCCUCUCACUUGUAAUAAUAUCCAGGUCAGUGGUCUGGGAAAUACAAAUCCAUUUCCCUGAUGUAAAAGGAAGAAUUCUUGGAUAAGAUACAAAAACCUUGCCCACUGCACACUUGGAGGACGGACCAAAUACAACUCGAUCGCUCGGUGGGUCACAGACGCUCUCAAACAGGAAGUGAAGUCAUCAACCCACUGGCAAGACUGUCAAAUGACCUCGACAGCAGGCUCGGGAAACAUAGACUCGCCCCAGACAACCUCCCCUCCUAUCUCGACUCUGACAACAUUUUUCAUCUUUCUUCACAUUCUUACUCGUUUUCUGUAGAUGUCAUGGUGUUUAAGACUUCUGUCCUGUGGUGUCACCGAUGGUUAUUUAUUGUAUAUGUGUUGGACAAUUGUGACAAUGCAUAGUACUUCAACCAGUCACAACUCUAAGUCCUUCAUAACUCUUUCUCUCUAGCUGGUGCAAAAAGAGAUAAAAAAAAAAAAAGAAGUGUUAUCUUUUCUUUUCUUUCUUCCCCAAGCUGCUUCUUUUCUAUUCUGUGUAUAAGUGGUAGUUUCCUUGUAGUUCUAUAAGUUUUCCUUCCCUACGUCCUCAAGAAAAGACACAAGCUAUAUCUCAGAGCUGCUACUUGAGUCCGACCCAGAUCUUUUCUGAGAACUAGCAUGUUGCGCGGAAUGCUAACCUAAAUGUUUUGUACAAGGGACAUACAUAAAUGUAUUUGCACUGUCACAGAGGUUAUCUCGGCAUGCUUCUUUUCAGCAUACUUGUGUUGUCGGUAUAGAGCCAUAACUCAUCAAGUCAUUUUGUAUGUAGUAUUAGCAUCUUCUAUUCUCACUUUCUCUGGAUGGGAGGAGAUGGAAAAACGUAAACCACCAAACCCAUUCCGUUUUUCUUUUUCUCUUUUGUUCGGUUUUGUUUUUUUUACUCUGCGUGCUAAGAAGAGCAGCCAUAACGUCUUUUUUUUUCGUUGUUGUUGUUUAAAUAGUUACAACAGUGCAUGCACAUUACUGAACGUUUGUUAAAUAUUUGUUAUUUUUUAGAAAAAACUGAAAAAACAACCAAAAAAAUUAUAAUAAUAAUUUUAAAAAAACAAUACAAAAAAAAAUAUUCUAACAAACUAACUUUCCAAAUGCAGAGGUGUAGACUCCGAUUGACAGCUUUAACACUGCAAAGCACCAGGUAACACGCAGUAUUAACACAAGAGUUAAACAUAAAAACACCAAAAACAGCCAAAGACUGACACCAAGGACCAAAAUCCUGAUUUAAACGAUUUUUGAAAAGAGGUUUGUCCACUCAGACAUUCGGGCAUUCGUUUCUCCAGCUUUUGUUCAUAUUUCCAUGAACAAAAAGAAAAAAGAUUCUUUUAUCUUUACCAUAUUCUGGAAACCACGAGCACUCGUCUCACAUUGUGGAAUAAGAAGGUGUGAAUUGACCCCGAUGAGCGUGCAGAGCGGAGAUACACUUUAACUGCAGCAAUAAUAGCUAAUGUGACACAAACGCAACUUCUGAAACCAUUUUUGAAGCGAUUCUCGAGAUUUCUUUCCUUUUUUUUUUUUUACACAUUUUGUCAUUACACAACCGUCAGAUUCAGUGCCCAUUUCAGCUUUAAGCAGUUAAGUUUUUGAUUCGCAGAGGUAAAUGUGAGACUGGGCUUUCACACCAACGCCAUUGUACUGUAUUUAUUUAUUUAUAUCAUUUGGGUUAAUCCAUCGCAAUUUUGUCGAAAACCUUUAGCGUAAAUCAGACAAACCUCUCAAUCGCAGUACGAGAGCACUUACCCCGACACUCACCCCAAACACCUUGGUGCUACACAGAAGCGCGUUACAAAUUCUGACCUCAAGGAACAAGUGGAGGCCCACAAAGGUUUCGGGGCAGUUUGCUCCCUCUGUACUUCCUCAUCUCUCCCUCCUUGUCUAACUACAACAUACACUUGCAUUCUUGACUUUAAAGGGUUAAACAAUCCAAAAAGGUGUCUGACACCCUACUAGCGACUUCUCAGAAGCUGUGAAGAAACAGCCAAGCUGUUUUAACACUAGU